UAAUUUCAAGUACCGGCAUAUGUACAUUAACCGGUGAGCUGUCUACAAAUCCGCUCGGCAAGUCGCCUGCCGAGCUUUCUUCUUACGAAGAUCUGUAGGAAAAUUCCCAGUUUUGUAAUUGUAUACAUAUACAGGCACACUAAACUAACUGGCACACUGACUAAACACCGGGUUGCACCCAACUCUUUGCGAGAAAGUGUUUUCCCUGAACCCGAGCCGGAGCCUGCAUCGACUGAUGAUCGAGAACAGAUGAUGAUGCAGAGGGAAAGGGCGCGCUUACACAAUCGCUAAUCACACUGCUUGUUUUCAAUGCUACUAUGCAAAUGUAUACGUGAUACUGAUAGUAAUACUGGUACCGGUAUUUUAAACUGACUGCACUGUGCAUGUAAAGAAAGUAGAUACUCGAAAUUUCCAUUAUUUACUGUGCCUGUGCCUGGUUAAAACUGCUUCAAGUAUUAAUACAGCCACCAACCAACCAAAUAGAUAAUACAAUGGCGUAUCGUCUGACUAUCCUCCCGCGAUCCCGACUCAAUCUUCUCUCUAUCAGCAGAAGUGUCGGGCCAUUGACGGGGGAAGGGCAUCACAGACCCCAUGGUCGUGUUUUAUUGUGCAGUGAAACCAGUGUGAAAUUCAAGAGUGCUAGUGCAGCAUCACCAAAGCCAGCGCCAGAGAACAUUGGGGACAUUUCUUCUGUUAGCAAAGAUGAUGUGGAACUUGUGCACCAUGAUCAUGAGGCAGGAGCUGGACCCUCGCCUAGAAGUUUGGAUCUCUCAUUUUCAGAAUCUGAAAUUGCCUACAGGAGCAAGACUACAUUAGAGUUAAUGAGAUCAGUCAUGGUUCUCAAACUGUGUCAGUUUGACUUCCUUGUCAAGUACAAUAAACAGCUGCUGAGCUACUCCAGAAAGCUUCUUGGAAAGCGUUUGUUUGAAGGAUUGAUGAAGGCGACUUUCUACGGCCAUUUUGUAGCAGGGGAAGACCAGCCAUCGAUCAAACCUAAAAUUGAACGUUUGAAUCGCUAUGGAGUAGGAGCCAUCUUGGAUUAUAGCGUAGAAGAAGAUAUCCCUCACAAUCAAGCGGUGGAUGCUGAGAUAAAAUCCUGUGUUUCAGAAGGUGAUCAUGAUGUAAAAGAUGAUGAAAAGCAUCUGAAGCAGUUCAUGGCCUAUCCCAAGUAUGGUGAUCGUCGUCAAGGAGUCUCCAGUGCCAGGACAUAUUUCUAUACCGAUGAGCAGAAAUGUGAUGACAACUUAGAAACGCUGAUGGAGUGUAUCCGUGUUGCCGGAGCCACAUCAGAUGAUGGUUUCUGUGCGAUUAAGCUGACUGCAUUAGGAAGGCCGCAAAUCUUGUUAAACUUGUCAGAGGUGAUAGUCCGUACUCGUCAGGUUUUUCUUAGGAUGUCUGGUCAAGAGGAAAACCCUACUGUAGAUCUCAUGUCACAUCGGUUGACCAAGGACCAGUUCUCAUGUGAAUUAGAAACCAUGGGUAUCACAUCUAGGGAUGAGUCAGGCGUAUGGUUUACUUGGAUCGAUGGAGAUAAAGAUGGGAUGAUAGAUCUUUUAGAUUGGGAAUGUCUUGUUCAACCAGAUCUCAAGCUCUCCAAGAUCCUCAAAGCUCCAAGGAUAGAGGGAGACAAGUUGGAGCUGCUUCAAUUUAUACUAACAGAAGAGGAGGAAGAACAAACCAAACGCAUGUUACAAAGGGCCAACGAACUAGCUAAGUUGGCAUUAGAGAAGAAUGUUCGUGUGAUGGUGGAUGCUGAACAGACAUACUUCCAGCCAGCCAUCAGUCGACUCACUGUAGAGAUGAUGAGAAAGUUUAACCGUGACAAACCUGUCAUCUACAAUACCUACCAGUGCUAUCUUAAGCAUGCCUAUAACUGCCUCAAAGCUGACAUGGAGCUGGCUCGCCGGGAAGGUUUUCACUUCGGUGCCAAGCUUGUUCGGGGAGCCUACAUGGACCAGGAACGCCAACGUGCUGAGGACAUUGGCUACGAUGACCCCAUCAAUCCAACGUACGAGGACACCAAUGAGAGCUACCAUAGAUGUCUUGAUAUGUCACUGGAUACUAUACAGGCCAGAGGUCAAACCAAUAUCAUGGUGGCAACACAUAACUUGGAUACAGUGAGGCAUGCUGUACAAAGGAUGGAGGAGCUUGGCAUUGGUCCUAAAGAUAGAUUGGUCUACUUCGGUCAACUCCUAGGAAUGUGUGACCAGGUCUCCUUUCCUCUUGGUGAGAUGGGGUAUGCAGUGUACAAGUAUGUUCCCUAUGGCCCUGUGAAUGAUGUGAUUCCAUACCUAUCCCGUAGAGCACAGGAGAACAGUGGAAUGCUCAAAGGAGUGACUCAAGAACGAAAGCUCAUGAGACAAGAAUUGACAAGGAGAAUCCGAAAGGGAAAUAUCUUUCAUAAACCUUGAUGACUUUCUACUGUAUCCUUCUCAGUCUUUCCUAUGAUAGUCACAGUAAUAUUUAUGAGACACUGUUCAGCUUUCACAUGUGUAAUGUAGUAUUUAUAGAUUUUCAUUCUCUGCACAUCUUCUUCCAUGAUUUCUUUUGAUCUUUUCAUCCCUAUUUUCUAAUUAUAAGACUUAAAAUCAAACCCUCUAUAUUAAAACCAAAAUGGCUUUCCCCCUCUCUCUUUGCUGGAAGCAUUACUAUUUAUUUUUGUAUUCAAUUUUUUUUUUUUUUUUGCAAUAGCUACGUCUUAAGAAUAACAUGAAAAAUGUCACUUAGUGAUAAAGAUUAUGAGAAUAAUAAUCGGGAGCACCAUGAGUGUCAAGUCUGACAGACAUGAGCGCUAUACAAGAACCCAUUAUUAUUAUUAUUAUUUAUAUAAGGUUAUAUCAUGCAAAUAUCUUUUGGAACACCUUGAUCAGAGUAAGAGAUGAUUAUCAUCACCAUGGUUAUGACUUCAAUUGUUAAUCAUGAGGGGGUAAUACAGUAAUCUCAAUAUCUUUCUAUUAUCUCAUGGGUAAAGGAUGUCAAGUGCAGAUAAUUGCCUUGGUAGAGGACUUUGACCUAUUUCCAAGAUACAAAUUUUAGACCAUAAUUCUUAUUUCAGUCACACAGACCAUGAAAGGCUGAAGACAUAUUUGAUUACUAUGCAAAUUAAAUCAUUAUAUGCCACCCAAAUAAUUUCCCUGUGCCACAUUGUAUUCAUCAUGGGAUAGAUAUACAUGUCAUGUACCAAGGCUUCAAGAUUAUUUAACUGUUUCCAAUUCAAGAUUAGUCUAUGCCAGUGUUAUAAGGAUUGUUGGAGCUACCGUAAUCACGAUUGGAAAUGGGUAACUUUGCAAAGCCAUCGUGUUGCACAAAGGAAUCCGUCAAUCCGUCAAUUGUUGCCUUUUGUUUUGUGCAAAAUUGCACGGAUGGCAAGCAAGUGACCAUGCAGAAAGGCAAAGAAAGCAACAUCCACUUGACCAUACCUGUUUAACCUGGCAGAGUGAUAUCUCAAUAAGGUGCUCUUGAUGGAGCAAUAGUUGUCAUAAAAAGAUAUUUGAUUUAGAUUAUAAUAAAUGCUGUGUUGAAUUUUGAUACAUGUAUUUAAAUUUUUUUAAGAGAUAGAAAAUUACUCUCAAGAUAUAGAUGUAGAUGUGUACGUAUGUACAUAUGUGAAUGUAUUAGUAUUUGACCAACAGCUAUGACUGAGGUAAUAAUGUUGAAGUAUCAGGAGCUAUAUAAGAAGCCACCAUUAAUAUGUAGACAAGGAGGACAGACUGUUGUUUAUUAUCAAUAGUGACAAGAUUUUAUGAGUUUGAUAUUUUACAAUUAGGUACAUCAUUUGAAUGAAAGUUAAAAAGGCAUGAAGGAUUAAGAACGAGUAAUAGAUAAAUGAAGUGCUAUGUAAGUACUAUGGAGUAGAAAAGAAAAAAGUAGAAAAAUAUGACUUUAUUAAUUUUGGUGGAUAUGUUCUAGUUCUGCACAAAUUGGACUAUUGCUGGUUCUUAUGAUAUUUUUUUCUUCUAAGGUGACAUAAACUUUGCAAUUCAAAUUUUUUGUGAAAUGGUAUUCAGUGAUCAAGUUUACCUUAAACUCAGUAUAUAUAGAGAGUUAUUGUAUGUUUAUGUUGUGGUUUAUGUAGUUAAGUGCUAAAAUGUUAUAUUUGUACAAAGAGGUUGAGUUUUUUUACUUUUAGAACCUUGCUUGCUCUUUUCACGUCUGUCAGUAUCAUUAUCUGACAAAUGACUUUGGGAGGUUCUUUAUGCAAACAAUUGAAACGGUUCAACUGAAAUUGAUCAAAUUACUCCUAACUGCUCUGCAGUUUAGUUUUUAAAUGUCAGUUGCUUCCUGGCUUUUGGACGUAUGUUGUCUUUCUUAUGCAAACACCAUGAUAUUUUUCUUUUUGCAGAUUUACAUCCAGUCAAUUAUCAUCACCUCAAAAAUGUAACACCAUGCCAUUGCAAUAUAAACGUUAUAGACAUGAUAGUGAAAAACCCAUCAUAUGAUCUACAGCAAAAAAAAACAUCUGUUGCUAAAAGGGAAAUCAGAAUAUUUGGACUGAAUACUUAAAAUUAAUAGCACCUAAAUACUCAUUUCGAUUGGUUUCAAACAAAAGUGAUCCAAUUAACGUAACAUUGUUAGUGCUGAGCUGUUCAGUUUUCUUUUCAAAAUAAUCAUGGUCAAUUGAUUUUUUCGCAAGAUUCCCAGAAAUUUACAUUACCAUAGUCUUAUACUAAAACAUAUAUUGCUUUAUAUUCUCUAAAAGUAAUGAAAACCUGGAUGAAAAUUCUUUCAAUAGCACUUAUCUAGUGUAAUCAGAUCAUUAAUCAAAGUUUUUAUAGAAUAUAUGUUUUUUCUAUAAGGACCCAAUAUCAACAGUACUCUAACAUACUUCAUGAAGCUUAUGUUAUGAUUUUUCCACAUUUUUUUAAUGAAUACUAUCCUCUUACAAAAGUUAUUUGAGUUUACAGCAUCUAUGGACAACAUAUACUGACCUAGCAACUACUUUUGAUUUAACAUGACUCAUGUUUUCUACUUAUCGUGCGUUUGUAAAAGUGGAAAAACAAAUCUUGGAAAUUAAUCAAUGAAAACACAUCUAUCUUUUGUAUAAAAAGUAAACUGGCAGUCUUGUGGUAAACUUUAUUGUCUAUUUUGAUUGUCUACUAAGAUGUUAGACCAUUUUUUACAGGCAUCGUAUUGAAUAUGAUUGUCUUUUAGGAGACAUGAAUUCAAAACAAAUAUUUUAAUCACCUGAAGUUACAGCCUUGAAAUAUCUUACAGUUAUCUAUAUCAAAUUAAUUGUAAAAUACAUCAUGAAAACAAUUUGAAGCCUAUGUUAUUUUCAUUUUAAUAUAAAGGAUUUCAUGUCUAGGCUGGUUAGUAACAAGGUGACGGAUAAUAGUAAUAAAACUUAAAAUGAAUGACUUUGAACCAACUUUUUUUGUAGGUGGUGGUUUUUGUUGUGUCUACUAACUUUCACAAUGUUCUUCUAUUUCCUUACAGAUGUAGGGAAUGUAUGUUACAGUGUGUAAUUUACAGAGUUAUGAAACAUGUACUUGAGUAAAUAAGAGAAUUACUCAAAAGUAUGUAACGGAGUAGUCUUUGUUUGAUCGAUUAUAACUUUUAAAAUUCAUAACUUUCUUAUUUUCAUCAGAUAUUCCUCAAAUAUUCCCCCAUUUGGUUUCUCUCGUUUAUUCCUGCUUCUCUUAUGAAUAACUUGAUAGUAGGGUGGGCUUCCCUUUCAAGACUAUGCUCAUAUGCUAUGCAGUCAAGUAUAUGAAUGUACAACUUUAGGAGUGUAUUCAGAAUUAGAAGAUAAAUUUGUCAACUUCCUAAUGAUGCCUUUUUAGUUUGUUUCAGAUUCGCUUUUGUUUUUGUUCUAAUAUGGAUUUAUUUAUUUUUUCAGAAGGCUGAGAUUGUCAAGUGAGGAUAUGUUUUUUUAUAUUGGGUAUUUAUAGAGAGUAUCUUGUGCUAAAUGCUUGAACUUAUUCAAGUUUUCCUGUCUAUUUCAUCAUACCGUAAUUUACAUAAAUGCUUCCAGUGUCAUUGCAUUUCGUAAUGCACACCUAAUACCAUUUACAUUACACUGUAAUCUCAGGUUGAAAAUGAUUAUAUUAGACCAUAUACAAUAUACUAAUGUGCUCUUUUAAAUUUAAUUUUUGUUCAUCCAUAAUAAUGCAGGUGUGGUAUUCCUUGUUUCAAAUUGUUAAUGUUAUAUAUUUUACUACCAUGUAUAUCAAGUUAAUUAUUAGGUGUUGAUAAUGGAACUGUACUUUCAAAGAAACUGUCUGUAUUCUACUCUGAACCAAGAUAAUUCUUAAAUACAUAGUGAAGGAAGGAUGUUAUUUAUAUGGUUUUUGUAAUCAUAGAAAUAAUUUUAAAAGCACUUACAAGCACCAAUCUAUGAGAUAUGCCUACUAUAGGCAUUGUAUACCUGUACUCCUCCAUCUGUUUUAUAUAUAAUAUUUUUCUAUCAAAUCUAUUUGACAGAUAUUCAUAUGUAGCUUUCAAGCAUUCAUUUUAAUUUAUGUAAUUUUUGAUGGGUUUGGUGGUAUAUAUAUAUUUUUUCAUUAUUACCAGAACAAAACUAUCUUGUUUUGAGUGAAGUCAUGCAUACUUUUGGCAAGGUCAUAUUGAAUGUGGACUAAAUCAAAACAGUAAUUAAUUAUUGUAUUUCAUUCAAAUAUUUAUCUGAGCUAGAGUUUGUUUUUAAUGAAUCAAAGAGGUGUGUGAUUUUUCAGUCCUAGGGAAAGAAAAGGAUGAUGUGUGUGCAUGUAUAUAUAGUUGUACAUCAGAACAUUAAUGUCUUGGGUUGAAUAUAAGUAGAAUUUCAAAAUAUACAUAAUAAUACAUAAUAAAAAAUGAACAUGUGAAGUCAAAA